AGGGGCAUCUCCACUACACAGACAUCUAUCCCACUUAGCAUACCUUAUACUGAACCUCAACACUUUCCUCUUUUGACCUUGCUACUACUGAAGAGGUCACUGAAGUUUUCUCAGAAGCCCGUCUUACCACGUGCUCCCUGGAUCCUUUCCCCUCUCAACUACUAUGGUCACCCUGUUCUUCUCUCCUAUGUUCCCUCACUCACAUCUUCAAUCUCUCCCUCUCACGGUGCCUUCCCCUCUCCUCUAAAGCAUGCACACAUCACUCCCAUACUUAAAAAGCCCUCGCUGAACCCCACCAACCUGAGCAACUUAAGACCCAUCUCCCUGCACCCGUUUACCUCUAAACUCUUAGAGCGCUUAGUCUACAAUCGCCUGAGCUCC